AUGGCUGCCGCUGCGAAGCCGACCAAAAAUCAGCUCAAGCGAGCAAAGAAGAAGGCCGAGAGGGAGAAGAAAAAGGUUGGCACUGAAUCAACCCCUGAAACCGCCGUCACAAAUGGAGCAUCCGCGAAGCCCGAACCAGAAGAAGAACAAACGGUGGCCUCGAAUGCGGGAAAGAUCACAUCAGAAGACGUGCGCAAUGGUGGCGCCCUCGCCGAACCACUCAUUGUUGAUGACGGAAAUCCUCUGUUUGAUAUGUACAAAGACGUGAUGGGAAAAUUCGAAGAUGCGGAUAAGGAAGAUGCCACAUUGAAGGAACCCGCGAAGCCAGAGGUGUACUUUGACGAUGAUGACGAUAUUCCAGAUGAAGACGAAGAGAACGCCGCGCCAAAGAUCUCCAAGAAAAAGAAGAAAGAGAUGACAAAGUUGUCUGUUGCAGAACUGAAGGCUCUUGUUCAGAAGCCUGAGAUGGUGGAAUGGACAGACACCUCUGCGUCUGAUCCCAGGUUGUUAGUCCAUAUCAAGUCGUAUCGGAACGUCGUCCCCGUACCGAAUCAUUGGUCUCUCAAGAGAGAGUAUCUCUCGUCGAAACGAGGUAUCGAAAAGCCGCCGUUCGCGCUGCCGAAAUUCAUCCAAGAAACAGGUAUCGCAGAAAUGCGGGACGCGAUCCUGGAGAAGCAAGAGAAUGCCACUUUGAAGCAGAAACAACGGGAGAGAGUACAAGGGAAGACGGGCAAGCUCGACAUUGAUUACCAGAAACUCUACGAUGCGUUCUUCAGAUUCCAGACCAAACCGGAGUUGACGAGGUAUGGCGAGGUCUACUAUGAGGGCAAGGAGUUUGAAACAAACUUACGGCACUUACGACCCGGGGAGUUAUCUGAUGAAUUGAAGGAAGCGCUGAAUAUGCCCCCUGGGGCACCUCCUCCGUGGUUGAUCAAUAUGCAGAGAUACGGACCGCCUCCGUCGUAUCCAGCUCUCAAGGUACCCGGCGUCAAUGCCCCUCCUCCCCCUGGUGCAAGCUGGGGGUUUGCCCCGGGACAAUGGGGCAAACCGCCUGUUGAUGAAGCGACGAACAGACCUCUUUACGGUGGCGACAUCUUCGGUGUGCUCCAGCAGCAACUGAACGCUCAGCAAGGCGAACCUGUCGAGAAAGAACUGUGGGGCGAGUUGCAAGAGCAAGAAGAGUCCGAAGAGGAAGACGACGAGGAAGACGACGAGGAGGACGAUGAAGAGGAAGGCGGAGCUGGGCUCGACACUUCGACCGGUUUGGAGACACCCAGCGGCAUGACUUCUGCCGUGCCCACUGAGAUUGGCGGCACGGAAACCGUCUCUGAAUUUGACCUGCGGAAACGCCGAGGCACGGAAACCGAAGAAUCGUCUCAUCCGCGUUCAGCCUACCAAGUCAUUCCAGAACGCCAGUCUCGUGUUGAGGGCUUCUUUGGCGGUGACAGGGUCUACGAUCUCAAGGCUGCUCAACAACAAUCCACGACUAGUGUUCCUCUUCUAGGACAAGAUGAUACGUCUCGCAAACGGAAGAAGCCCGGUGAUGUCGACGUGUCAAUGGAUCCAGAUGCCCUUGCCGCCCAUGACGGGAUGGACAAAGAAGAAUUACGUCGGGCGUACGAGCAAGGUCGCCAAGGCGAUCGCCCGCACCUCGAGACCGAGGACAUCGAGAACGAGAUUUGCAUCCAGACGUCGAGUACUUCGGUGAAGGAGAAAGCUACCGGCCAGGUGGCUCAGGAGGCGACAAUUCAUACAGACCCCCCAAUCGUGAUCGUGACCGUGACCGGGAGCGGUUUGCCGCAGACUCAUGGACGGCUGACAGAAGAGAUGGGCGGCGGGAUGAUCGAAGAGAUGAUGUCGACUCCUACGUACCAAACACGAGUACAAGGUCUGCAAGACCACGAAGUCGAUCCGCAGCCUUUCGUCGACGCUCACGCAGUCCACCUAAUAGAAGAGAAGAUUUAUUUGCUAAUAGACGUUCACCCCCUCGCCGAUUCUCCCCACGAAGAUCGCCAACACGGAGAAGAUCAAGGUCUCCGCCCGUUGCGAGAACUCGAAGUCCACCGGAGGCGAAGAGGUACAGAGAGUUUUCCCCCGACCCUGCACGGCGCUCCCCAAAACGCGAACGACGAUUUUCCCCGGAACGGAGCCGCUUACGCGAACGGUCACCCAUCAGGAAUUCUCCAAGAGGAGGUGAGAGUUACAGACCCAGGUCGAGAACGCCGCCGCGCCGAAGGCAGCACGAUAACUGGGUCGUCUCCUCCUAUUCAUCCAGACCGUGCGAGUUUGACAGGCUCUCAACCGAGAUCACCAGUACAUCCCACUCGAGAUCCUUACGACAAUGUCGACUCCGCUGGCUUUCGAGGCAGAUCCCCAGCUGUACCUUCAGCCUCAGAUGGUGACCAACGUUCUCGAGAACCUGAUGUGAGCCCACCGCGAGACGAGGUACGGGCGAACGGUGAGAUCCGCCAACCGCCCUCUGGUCCUAGCAGUUAUCGAAAUGGGAACUACGAAAGGCCUCCGCCCACAGGGCCCUCACGCAGUUUCAGUCAACCCAUUCAGUCCCCACCUACCGGCCCUGCGGCAUCGAUGUCCAUGUCCGCUCACAAUCGUGGCGGAGGCGCCUCCGCACUCAACGCCCCUACUCGACCUCGUGGUUCUGUGGGCAGAUUUGACGGUGUCUCUUCUCGAGAUUUAUCGGGCCCUCCAAUGCGUGGCCGAGGCGGCUUACCAUUCAGAGGCCCCGCACCUUUCGGACCGAGAGGAGGCUCUUAUGGACGCGGGAGUGACUUUGGCUCAAGCAGCCGCGGUGACUAUGGUGGAGGAUCCAGCUACCGUGGCGGGUUUGGACGAGGUGGCCCUGUUGGAGGUGAGGCCACGUUCCCGUUUCGAGGUAACAGCAGUACCAGCACUACAUACCCUCGUACACAACGCUUCAACGCCGCGCAACAACAUCUCGCCACCAACGAGAAGAUCGUGCCGGGAGGGAAACUACUCCCCUCUGGCCUCCCCCCUGACCAAGAAAAGCGGAUCAAGAUGCUCGAGGCAGAAGCCGAACGAAUUCGGAGCGAGAUUUCAGAGAAGCAGAAGCUCAAGCGCGAAGUACUGAAUGAAUGGGAUGUCAGGGAAAGAGAGAGCGAGAGAGAGGCGCUGCGUAGUGACCUCGCAGAACAGCACUUGCAGCAGCUGAUGGAAGGGGAUGAUGGAAUUGGAAGAGCGGCAUUCUAG